AUGAAAAGUGUUAUCUCAUUAUAUUUACUACUAAUGUUCUCAUAUACAAUAAGCGGUGAUUCAAUGAAUUCAUAUUCAUAUGAUAAUUAUAAUCCAUCAUAUACUGAUAAUAGAAAUUAUCAAAAUAAUUAUAAUGAUUAUAAUUACAAUAAUAAUAAUGGUGGUGAUAAAAAUCAUGGUAAUGAUAAUCAUGGUAAUAUACAUACACAUGGUAAAUUUAUAGCAUAUGGUAAUGCAGAUAAAGGUUUAAAAUAUCAUCAAAUUACAUAUUUUCAUAAAGGUAGUAAAUAUCAAAAGAAAUUUGUUAAUUAUGAUACAAAAGGUAAAGUACAUUCAUAUGGGAAACAAAAUGUUAAAGCUAAAUUUAAUAUUGAAAGUAAUAUACAUUCUAAAGGAAAAUAUAAUGGUGGUAAAUUUGAUCAACUUGUUGGUACUGGUAGUGGACAAUAUAAUGAAGGACAAAUACCAAUUGAAUAUGCUGCAGCUGGAUCUAAUCCAACAUAUAAUAAUGCUCCAUCAACUUAUGAUGAUAAUAGUAAUAGUAAUAGAUCAUCAGAUGAUAAUACAUAUUCUAGUGGAACAUACAAUGAUAAUUAUCAACCGUCAUAUUAA